AUGUGUAGUUGUUUGGGGGUGUUUUAUGUUGUUUGUGUUGGGUUUGUGUGGUUUUGUGUUGGUGGGUUGGGGUUGGUUGUGGGGGGGUGGGUGGGGUGGUUUUGUUGUGUUUGUUGGGUGUUUUUUGGGAGUUUGGUGGGUGUUUGUGGGGUGGUGGUUUGGGUGUGUGUGGUUGUGGUGGUUGUGGUUGUGGGGGGGUUGGGUUGGUGUGGGGGUGUUUGUUUUGGUUGUGGUUUGUGGGGGGUUAGUUGGGUUGGGUUGUGUGUUUGUUGUGUGGGGGGGGUUGUGGGGUUGGUUGGUGUUUUGUUUGUGUUUGGUGUUGGGGUUUGGGUUUGUUGGGUUGGUGGUUUUGGGUGGGUUUUGUGUUUAUAUGGGUGGGGUGUUUGGUGUUUUGGGUUGGGUGUUGGUGUGUGUGGGUGUGGGGGGGGUUGGGGGUAUUUUUUUGUUUGGUGGGGUUUGGGGUUUGGGGGGGGUUUGGGUGUGUUUGUUGGGUUUGUGUUUGUUUGUGUUGGGGGUGUGGUUGUUUGGUGUUGA